AUGACGAAAUCCGGGCCCAAGUGCCUCUUCUUAGAACGGCCAAACUUUGACUCCCAGGAAUACCAACAGUUUACCGAGCACUUUGAAUGUGUGCACUUCUACUUACAUAAUGCUCAAGAACUCUACCAGGAGUUUGCUGGGAAAGGAGCUGAUAUUGAAUACAUUUACGGUGGCUAUAUCGGUCUUGGGAAAGGCUACCACGGUGCUGAAGUGAAGCAGACGUUCCCUAACCUCAAGAUCAUCGCCCUUGCCCUGGUAGGGUAUGAUAACUAUAAUGUUGCCGAAUUAGCCGAAGCGGGAGUGACUUUAACUAAUGCACCCUCUGAAUUAGCCUACGGGUCGGUGGCUGAUUUAGCUCUUUACAACGCGUUGCUGAGUUUCCGUAACUUCAAGUUAUUUGAAGCUCACGUCAACAACACCUUGAACGACGCCGCCACCAUCAGAUACCUGCUCCACCAUUCAGAAUUUGAUCUGAAACAAGGCAAAGCCGUCGUCACUCCUCAAAAGGGUCAUGUGUACGCUCACUCGAUCUGUGGUCGGGAAAACCUUAGUCCUGCUGGUCACAAUACUGUGAUUGUCGGCUUUGGUCAAAUUGGGUCUUUGAUUGGUAAGCGGCUUGCCACCAUUGGCAUGAACGUUCACUAUGUUAAGCGGACACCGCUCUCACCUGAAGAACAAGAUAAAUUAGGUUACCCGAUCACAUACCACGAUAAGUUGGAAGACACCGUAGGGUUCGCUGAUCUUGUUGUAUUGGCGUGUCCCGGGGGUAAGUCCACUUAUCACUUGGUGCUGAAACAAAUGAUUAACAAAUUUGAACGGCCAAUUCGUAUUAUCAAUAUCAGUCGGGGCACUGUCAUUGACGAGAAUGCCCUCGUUGAAGGACUUGAAACGGGCAAGGUUCUCUUCGCUGCACUUGAUGUGUUUGAAGAAGAACCCAAAAUCCACCCUGGUUUAAUUGGUCGUCAAGAUGUGGUGUUGACGCCGCACAUUGGUCUGGCCACUAUUCAGAACUUCAACUAUACCAUGGCGCUUGCGUUGGACAACGUUCGUCGGGUACUGGAAGGGUUGAAGCCCAUCACCCAGGUGAACUAA